GUAGAGCGGCCGCGCUCCUCGAAACGUAGCGUCAGGAAAAGAGGAGGAGGGGAACAGCGCCGGCCGCUCUAGCCGGCACGGCGUCUUCCAUCAGCCAUAGAGCGACGGAGUGCGCAUGUGCUAGGUGUCGUUUUCGUCGCCGCCGCCGCCUCCCCUGCCCCUGCAGAAGAAGGGGCACGACAAGAAAGACGGAGGAGACGGAAAUAGUGGUGAGGAACGGAGCCCCUUCGCCGCGGGGUGGUGGGACAAGGAGUCCCGAAAGCGGGAGACAAGAAAGGCUUCAGCCUCGCACCGUCGGGCCUAGUCGGACUUGGCCAAGCUUUACAAUCUGUGAACGGAGAGCGUCGACCUGAAGGGAGGAGGAGGGGUUUUUGCCCCUCCGUCACAGGAGGGCUGGCCACGCCCCUCAAGGCCUUGUCGUAGCCCUUCCACCCUGGUGGGAAGCAAACAGCUGCUGUCGCGGACUCGGGCUCGCGGAUGUCGCGAUACCAGUCCAAGACACCUUGUGUUCUGCCCUAUUCUAGAGCUGGUAUUCUGUACUUAUCCCAUUCCUGCUACUCUGUUGUGGAAACCUGAAAUCUAGGCACUGUGUGUGAGGCCUGUUUUUAAAAAAUAAAGAUGCAUCACUGUAAACGCUACCGCUCCCCUGAGCAGGAGCCCUACAUGAGCCACAGAUGGAAGAGGAGACGAUCUUGCAGCAGAGAGCAACAUGAUGGAAGAGCACGAUACCCAACUCGACGGGAUCUUUCAAGGAGAUCACGUUCUAGAAGCCAGGACAGAAUGCCAUACCAGAGAAGAUACAGAGACAGAGCAGACAGUGAUGUCUACAGGUUUGAAGAACGAAGCUCAUCGUUUGGAGAGGACUAUUACUCUACACGUCGCUCACGCCAUCAUCGAAGAUCUCGGGACAGAGAGCGUCACCGAACAAGGAAGCACCAGCAUCACUGCCGGAAACGCAGGACCAGGUCUUGUAGCAGUACCUCCUCGAGAAGUCAACAGAGCAAUAAGCGCAGCAGAAGCGUGGAAGAUGACAAGGAAGGUCACCUGGUGUGCAGGAUCGGCGAUUGGCUCCAUGAGCGAUAUGAAAUUGUGGGGAGCCUGGGCGAAGGUACAUUUGGCAAAGUUGUGGAGUGUGUGGACCACGCCAGAGGCAAAUCUCUGGUAGCUUUGAAAAUUAUUCGAAAUGUGGGCAAAUACCGUGAAGCAGCUAGAUUAGAAAUUAACGUCCUAAAGAAAAUUAAAGAAAAAGACAAGGAAAAUAAACACUUGUGUGUCCUGAUGUCAGAUUGGUUCAACUUCCAUGGUCACAUGUGCAUUGCUUUUGAGCUCCUGGGCAAGAACACCUUUGAAUUCUUGAAGGAGAAUAACUUCCAGCCAUACCCCCUCUCACAAAUCCGACACAUGGCAUACCAGCUCUGCUAUGCCUUGAAGUUUCUUCAUGACAAUCAGCUGACUCACACCGACCUCAAACCUGAAAACAUCUUGUUUGUAAACUCGGAAUAUGAUACCUUGUACAAUGAGAAAAAGAGCUGUGAGGAAAAGUCUAUCAGGAACACAUGCAUCCGGGUAGCAGACUUUGGGAGUGCCACGUUUGAUCACGAGCAUCACACCACCAUUGUGGCUACCCGACAUUAUCGCCCACCAGAGGUGAUCUUGGAGCUGGGCUGGGCACAGCCGUGUGAUGUCUGGAGCAUUGGUUGCAUCCUCUUUGAGUACUACCGUGGAUUCACACUUUUCCAGACUCAUGAGAAUAGAGAGCAUCUUGUGAUGAUGGAGAAAAUUCUUGGCCCAAUCCCACAGCAUAUGAUCCGCAAAACACGGAAACAGAAGUAUUUUCACAAAGGAAGCCUGGUGUGGGAUGAGAACACCUCUGAUGGGAGAUAUGUCCAAGAAAACUGCAAACCAUUGCAGACAUACAUGCUGCACGAUUCCUCCGAGCACAUGCAGCUGUUCAGUCUGAUGAGGCAAAUGCUAGAGUUUGAUCCUGCCCAGCGGAUCACGUUUGGUGAAGCUCUGCUCCACCCAUUCUUUGCGGGCUUGACUCCAGAGGAAAGACGGCUGAGUUGCCGAGAUUCGAACCGGGACCUGAGCAGAUGACAGAUGGUGAGGGUGGAGAUUUCUGCAGGAUAUGUACAUACUAUGAGAUUGGCCUGACCUUUAUUGUGGAGACUCGAGACCCUUCUGUAGCACAGUGUUCCAAGUUGUUGGUGCAGUGUCAGAUGGACCCUGGGCAGGGAGGAGACAGCAACCCAAAAGCACAGAUUUGUCUCAUAUUUAUAUGUUGUAAAGUUCAAAUAAAGUGUUUCAUAUUGUUUGAUAAUUUA